ACCUUUCGCAACAUAAAAGGCCCUUACUUCUACAAUCCCCUUCCAUGGCUUCUAAGGAGGCGGAUCGGACCCGCCCUCGCCGCGAGAUGCUCGCCCAAUACUACCAAACCAACGAGGACAAAGUCACGCCUCUAUCCACCCCGCCCUCUUCGUCCUCGUCCUCCUCUCAUCCCUUAAACAUCAACGGACCCGAUUUCAAUGCCGAUCAGUACACGCAGAAAGUCAUUCGAGAAGCCUCGCUCUCUCAGUUAAUGGCUCAAGAAUCGGAGAUCCAUAGGCAAAUUGGAGCCUUAGAUUCUGAUAUGCAGACCUUGGUCUACGAGAACUACAACAAGUUCAUCGCCGCCACGGACACGAUCCGCAAAAUGCGGGUAGAUUUCCGAGCCAUGGAGGACGAGAUGGAUCAAUUAGCAACGAAAAUGCAAGACAUCACGCGAUUCUCAGGGCAGAUUUCGGAUACAUUGAGGGAUCGGAGGACCAAGAUUGGCACCUUGAGUGGCACCCAUGCUCUGUUGAAGAAGCUCCAGUUUCUCUUCGAGUUGCCGGCCAAGUUGAAGGAAUGCUUGGCUGAUGAUGAUUUGACCACGGGUGUCAAGUACUACUUGAGAGCUCAGAGAGUCUUGGAGCAGUAUCAGCACAUGGCCUCGUUCCAAGGGAUAAAAACGGAUUGUGAUCAGAUCAUGGUGGUCUUGAAGAAGAAGCUCUUGGAACGGGUGGAGGAUCCCGAUACGAAUGCUGAGGAUUUGUCGAUGUGUGUGGGUUUACUUUUGGAGCUUCAGGAGUCGGCCGAAGUUUUGUGCCAAUCCUAUUUGGCCACGGCUGAGUCGAAAUUGCAAGAGUCCUUGUCCGUCUUGGCUGAGCAAGUCACUUUAGCUUCUGGUCAAGCCAAGACUGAUAUUCAGAGACCCUCGGAUGCUUACGAGUCUGUGAUGGAUAUCUUGGAGUUUGUGGAUCAUGGAUGCAAUCACUUCAUAAGUGACUUAUCGCUCAUCAUCGCCUCGUUCACGGAGACCUUCUUGGAGCGCCAAGAGACCCCGAUUGAUACCGAGAUGGCCAAUGAGAAACUGACCCAUUUCGUUAAGAAGCUCAUCAACAUCUAUUUUGAUCAUCUUCGAGCUCGGUUCAAGUUGGAGAAGAAACUGGAUGAUGCCACGAUCAAAGUGCGGGCUCUGGACCGUUUCCACCGACGAUUGCAAGCUAUGUGUCGCCUUCUGUCCACCAUUGACUUCUCCAAAGCCGGGUUAGACCUCGUUCUCGAGGCCUCUGAACUACAUUGCAUCGCCACUUUGGACCAUUUGAAGGCCACUUUCCAGCAAAGUCUUAUGGACGCACGACAGUCUUUGGUGGCUCCCAAACGAUUGGGCCCCGAAUCCGAGAGUGAACCGGAUCUGUCCGAGAUCAACACGGCUCUACUGACUUCCAUUGCGGAGAACAUCCGCACUCAGAUGUCCAAUCUCCAGCAUUACAUCGAGCCCGACCUCACAUUUGCCGUCAAGACUUACUUCAGAGCCAAGUUUUGCCGUUAUUAUGUCCGGGAAGGGGUUUUGGUGGCCUUUUUCAGCCAUAUCAUUGAAGUGGCGCAGAAUUAUUGCAUGGACUCGGAAAAGACCACCCCGCCCAUUCUCCUACUCCUCCUCUCUCGAAACAGUUUCGACCUUCAACAAAACACCACGCAGUAUCUGCUCAGUAUGGUGGAUGAGCAGUUCUUCAUCGAGGAUACGUCAAGUCUCACCAGUCUUGGCCAUAUCAAUGACAUGCUCAAACACGUGUCACACAUGCUCCUGGAUCACUUUGUCAAGCUCCAAGGAUGUGUGUUAUCCCAGAUGUUGCGGAAGUCCGUCGAGACCCGUGAUUGGUUAAAUACGGUCGAACCGAGGACCGUGAGAGCUGUUAUGAAGCGGGUAGUAGAGGAGACCACCAUGAUUGAUCGACAAGUCGGUCGAUUGUAUGAGGAGGGUGAUCGGAAAGUCCGGUCCUCGGAUUCAUCCCGAAGAACCCGAUUGAGUCAACAACCUCAAUCCAGGAUGGGAGCGAGAUCCUGGAGUGUGGCUAAUUCUCAGAUGGACACGAGCUUGGCCUCGAAUAUCCAGAAGAUGUUCAGCGAGAGGAUCGAGAUCUUCUCGCCCGUGGAGUUCUCCAAGGUGUCCAUCUUGACCGGGAUCGUGAAGAUCGCUCUGAAGACUUUACUGGAGUGUGUCCGCUUACGGACUUUUAGCCGAUUCGGAUUUCAACAGAUCCAAGUGGAUUGCCAUUAUUUACAAUUGUAUUUGUGGAGAUUCGUCUCAGACGAGAACCUGGUCCGGUUUCUUCUCGACGAAAUCAUGACCAGCGUUGUUCAUCGAUGCCCCGAUCCAACUCCCAUGGAAAAUAGCGUGAUUGAUGUGAUCUGUGAUAGAGGCUGAGUUUGAUAUGAUUUGAUUUAUUUUGUGGCAAUAUAUGAAGAACAAAAUGUUGGCUGGCAUCGAG